AUGCACUCAUUAGUGAAACCUGUGCUAUUUUUUGUUGUUGUGCGAAUUGUUCAAUAUGCAAUAAUCUCGUUAUCCCCCAACAAGCAAUUUGAUCUCUCCACUAAUCUGCUACUUGCUAAAUAUUGUUCGGAGCAGGAGACACAACAAUUCUGGCACAGGCAUCUAUUUAACAAGUUACUAUCAUGGGAUUCUGUAUUUUUCAUUAAAACAGCUAUGACUAUGGAUGGAUAUCCCGAAUAUGAACAUGAGUGGGCUUUUUCAGUAAUAUGGUCCAGCCUUAUUAGAUCCGUCAGCCCAUCAAACAAUUUUUAUACAGUUCUAAAGACGGCAGUGAUACUGGAGAACCUGAUUUAUUUCAUGGCGAUGAUUACACUGUUUUAUUUAACCAGAAUCACAUUUGGAAAGCUAGACAAAUCCAAGACGCAUUUAAGUGACAAGCUUGCAACAUUUACAGCAAUUUUAUUCUCUUGCAAUAGUGGAUCUGGUUUCUUUACUGGUCCCUAUUCGGAACCAUUAUCCUUUCUAUUCAGCUUUUUAGGUAUACUGGCAAGGGAAUUUUCAGUGACACCAAUAAUUCCAUAUGGGUUAGAAUUUAAAAGCUCAAAAAUCUUUUACUAUACUAUAGUUUCAUCGUUUUGCUUUACAAUUGCAACGUUAAACAGAUCAAACUGUAUCUUGUUGGGAUUUUAUUACGUUUUUGAUUCCAUUUACCUAAUUAGAAGGCAGAAAUACAAAAAAGCGCUGUUAUUUCCUGUUCUAGCUGGUUGUAUAGUAGCCCUCUUUUUUGUCAGACAGCAAUUUUAUAUCCCAUACAAAAACUUCUGCGAAUUGAGAGGCGAAUGGUGCAAUGAAUCGUUGAUCAAUUUUAAACCUUUACAUUUCUUGACGAGAAAGAGUUUGUACUCUUAUAUUCAAAGUGAGCACUGGAACUUAGGGUUGUUCAACUACUGGACUCCAAACAACAUACCUAAUUUCCUAUUUGGUUUGCCAACCUUCGUGAUUCUUUUCUCCUCAACAUUCUACUUCUCUAGAGUAUAUCCAAACUAUAAAUUAAAACCACUUAUCUUUAUCACGAGGGCUUUUACAAUUAUAAUAUUGCUGUUUGCACAUGUUCAGAUUAUUAACCGUAUUUCAACAUUUAUACCUUUACACCUGUGGUAUAUAUCUGACAGAUUUGUCAAAUUUGAAGCAAACAAAAAAAUGACAGGUGAUGACUGGAUUGUCAAGGGCUAUAUAUAUUGGCUAAUUUUUUGGGUACCCAUUCAAACAUCUCUCUUCGUAUUUUUUUUACCCCCAGCAUAA